AUUUAUGUAUAUGAAAUCAGGGAACCGGAAAAAUGUCUUGUGUAUAUUUUAACCGCUUCCUUGCCAUUUAGAGUUAUAUUUGUUUCGAGAUUGGUGAUACAAAGAUGUUAAAGUGAUGAAGCUGAUUCCAACAGCAUUAAAGAAAUAAUUUAAAAUUCUCGUUUUUUACACAGAAAACCAUCAGUUUCAAAGUGGAGAGUAGCCAGUUCGAGUCUUUCGCGUCUACCGGACAUUAAUGCAAGUAUCAAUGGAAUCGGAAAUUACAGUAAUAAAUUAGAUGACACCCAUCGUCCAAGGUUACAGCGGAGCAAGACUGGAAGCUUUCGCAGUUUAAGUGACAUAAAACAACACAGUUUCAAACAGUUGACUCUCCAGUCAGUAAAAGAAUUAAAUGAAAAUCUAAUUACACGUAGGCAGGAUUUGAUCACAUCUCUGCAUGGACAUACCGACAAUGCUAACAGUAUUUUAGAAAGAAAUUAUCACAGUGAGUACAACGGGCUCGAACCUGGUCUAGGAUACGUAUCGCACACGCCGUAUUUCUCCAAGUGGAAGAUCUCCGGAUUUAAACAUGACAAGGCAAUUCUGACGAGUCUAACUACUAUGUCGGAAACACAGGAAGUAACGCCGGAGUUUGUUCAGUACAUCAAGGAACGAGAUGCGGCGGUGGAGGAGGCGCAGAAGGCGCAAGCAGAACUAAGGGAAACCCAGUGCAAACUGUACGAUUCGAUACUUCUUACGGAAGAGCUGGAAAAGAAACUGAAAGAGUUAGAAGUAAACCAAAAAACAAGCAAGACUACUGGUAAGAAAUCGACAACAACAACAAAGAAGAAACUUACUGAUGCGUCUCCUAAAGGUAGACGAAUGUCAGUGAAAAGUGCAGUUAGUAUCGAAGGUAACCCGAGACGCACGGGUUUUGUGAGUUCCGCUGUGAGUUCUGCACGAGCAGCGGAAGGCGGGUUGUAUCAUCCACCUAUUGUAGAUUUAGAGCCAGUUGCAGAUUCGAGGGACUAUUACUGGAAAUUGGCGGAGAAGUUUCCAACAUUACCAAUGUUCCAGAUUUUAGACGCAGAGAAGAAAUUUAUAAAAGCAGAUACUGAUAAAAGUGGGUACAUAGACAAAGAAGAGUUGGACAAGGUUCUGUCUGACAAUGUUGGCCUGUUCACACCUGCACAACUGGACACCAUCUUUAAAGAAAUAGAUCUAGAUAACAGCGAAACUUUAGAUUUCCAUGAAGUGCUUUUUGUCAUAAACAAACUAUUUUCACGGAGGAAAACCAACCUGCCACAGUCCGUCCAACAAAAUUAUUCAAAGACAUGUAAUGUUCAAUAGGCGAGAGCAACAGUGAUAUUUUUAAAAAGUGCUAAUGCAAAAUAAGGAAUACGAUGCUCAUAUAUUGUGUUUCGUUAUGGGGUAGCAUUGACAAUUACGGAAACAUAACAAUAUGUUGGGGGGACAAACAGCGUUGAACUGAUUUCAAUGUUUUAAAUGCAUAGGUCACGUUUUCAAGUAUGAGUGUUAUCAUAACUGAAGUAACUGUAAUAACGAAAGUAUUAUGUAUAUUUAACUUUAUCGCUUACCACAUAAAAUUUAUGUUUUUU